AUGGCGCGUGGGAGGGGUGGAGCGACGCUCGCGGGCGGCGGGCGGCGGACGGCGGGACGGGACGCGCGCGCGACGGCGCUGUCGUUCACGAACGAUGGUGAGGGGUUAGCGAUCGCGUACGAUAACGGUGAGGUGGUGGUGGUCGAUGCGAGCGAUGGGAGUGAGAUAUGGGCGCGAGAGGUUGGGCGGGACGGACGCGCGGCGGCGAGCGCGCGGGCGAGCGCGGGCGAAGACGUUUCGCGCGGCGACGUGGCGGUGACGUACGAUGACGAGCGCUUCGUGUACGUCGUGCCCAGGGACGCGAACGAAGUCAUAAGUGCGCUGAGGCAUCCGGCUCGCGUGGAGUCCAUGAGCUGGCGACGGCAGAGUUUGGCGACGCUGUGUCGCGACGGCGCGAUUCGACUGUGGCUGCGCGCGGAGAGGGGGCAGGGCUCGGCGCAGCUUGCGUGCACGAUUCAGACUCCGUACGGUGGAUUGAACCCAUUGGUGUCGUUUGAUUGGCUGGAGACGAGCGAAAUAAGCGACGUGAUGUAUGAUCACGCCAUAAUUGGUUUGGAUGGAGCGUGCGGCGUCCACGUGUGGACGAUUUCUGAUGCCAAUACGUCGCAUCCACUCUGCGCGCGGCGACCGGUGGUGGCGCAUCGCGGCUCGAUGAGUCUAGAGAGGAAAACCAUGACGGCGAGUUUCGAUGACAAAGUCGUCAUCAGGGGAAGUUUGACGCAGUCGAAGGAUGACAUUUGCAUCGCCAUAGCGUCACGUAAUUUCGGAAUUGUCGUUGCACGAGUCGAUUCAAAUCGACCGAAUAUUUUGGAACAACUACACAACGUGGCGCUGCGCGGACACGCCUCAAACAUCGUUGACAUGCGGGUACACUCGCAGAAUGAAGAGUUAGUGACCAUCGACGCGUCCGGGGUACGAAAUGUGUGGAGAAGAGACCAGACGGGGGCAUUGAGUGUCUCUGAUGAAGCCGGUGAAGUGCCCAAGCGGGCACCACGAGACGAUAUCAGAGUGAAGCAGGCGUGCUCUGCUGUUGGUGCAAUUGACGGAGAACUAUCCGACGACGGACGCAAGCUUGCGUUUAUCGAUGACGCAGGUGGCUGCGCGGUCGGUGUCAUUCUCAGUGAAAUCGACGUGGUGAUUGAACGUUUAGAAGUGGCGAACAACAACCCGGCAGUGAAACGAUUUUUCAGAUGGUUCGACGUUGGAUGCGGUAUUCACGCGUUGGCUGUCGCGAUAAACACCGAAAUCAGCGUGUACGCGCCGUCGACGACUGUAUCAGCGUCGAAGGGUGCUUCGUGGAGAUGCGUAGCGCGCGUGGCUGUCGCCGGAGAUGUGGUCUCCGCUAUGGAGUGGAGUCGCCUCGGCGACGCAAUUUACGUGGCUACGGAGCGAUCGAUUCAUAUCGUCACGUGUGACGGAGGGUUGGCGAAGUGUGUCGUAGAGGAAUCGCGGUCUUUACCGUCGUAUCAUCCGUGCGUACUGCUUGAUUGGCUUGAGGACGGCAGAGCCGCUCGCGUGAGGAAAUCCUUGCGAGCUGUCGUCGCUUACCUCAAAGCUGGUGAUUUCUCUACACCAUGCCCUUCGAUGCUCCCUAGAGAUAUUAUUGCUACCAAUGAGUCCACGAGCGAGACGGUUGAUCAAGCCCCAGAUUCAACUCGAGCACCCGCACCGGUGUCAGUUCCUGAGUUUGACAUGUCAGCGUUUGGCUCUUUUGGUGGUGUAUCUACGACACCGACGGCAACCUUUGCGUUCGGCUCCGAUGCUGAAUCCACGCCAAUGAUGGGACUUUCGACGACGUCGCCUUCACCUCAUACGAAGAGGAGCGUUUGUGAUAUCUUCACGCAAGAGGAGGCCGAAAUUGCAACAGAGUUGGUGAGUGCUCACGCAAACACAUUGCAGCUCGCGCCCACUGAGAGUGUGCGACUGCUGGGUGUCAUCGACGCAGUUCGUGCGCUCGAUAGUCGCGUGCAUGUCCAGCUGGAUGAAGCUGCGCGAAGGUUUGCGACGAUCUGGCACACGCGUCGCUUGCGGCGAUCAACCGACAACGAAAAUCCGUGCGGUGAAGAGCUUUGUUGGGCAAUUCAGAGUGCCACGACCACCGAAGUCUUGGACGAUCUUACGAAUGACGAAUGCGGUGUCAAGGCGGAUUGGCGAAUAAUUAAGCGGCUCGGAGUACCGAUUUGGCUGCGUAAAGAUGAAGAUCUGCGGGUGAUGAUUGAAAAAUGCGCCAAGGAAGAGUUUUCGAGAACAAAGAAUGCGGACGACUGCGCACUCUUCUUUGUCCUCGUCGAUCGUGUCAAGGUGCUCGCAGGUUUGUAUAAGGCGACACAAAAUAUUCGUCUGUAUGAGUUCAUGUCCCGAGAUUUCAGCGAGCAACGUCACCGUGAAGCUGCGUUGAAAAAUGGGUACGCUCUGCUUUCCAAACACCGAUACGAGUUUGCGGCAGCGUUUUUCAUCCUCGGCGGUCAACCGCUCGAUGCGGCGUCAAUUGUUUGGAAGCACAAACGCGACUUGUCACUCACACUCACCAUUGCUCGACUCACCGGACUCGGUGACGACGAGGCGCCGAGAGUCGGCCGCUUCCGAACGGAGGUGGCAUCAAUGCUCAAGAACGACGUGGUGCCCGCGAUGUCAGAUUCUUGGACUCUCAUGGCCUUGCACUGGCUGAUAGGUGAAACAGAUGAUUUUAUCGCAACGGCGGCAUCGUUGGUCGAAACGCACGAUCAUAAAGCAGGAGAUUACGUGAAAUUCAUCUCCACCUCCCGUGAUUGUGACUCGAAUGUAGUCUCGAGAGCGCAGAGCAUGGUGAAUCGCGCCUCAGCAAAGUUGGCACAUGCGCUCGAGUCAUUGGGUGCUCCGUUGGCCGCACUCGAGAGGUUUCCAUCGCAUCUAACGAGAUACACGGACGAUGUCGCGCGACUCGCAUCGGCGUCACUGUCCAGUGUCGGUCUCGCGUGCGAGAUCACCGAUGAAGACAUCGGCGUGUUUGCACAAGCACCGUGGAACGUGAGCGUGGCUGAUGUGCAAAAGCUGUUGAGACGAAGAUGGGAAGUUGAAGAUUUCAAGGGAUUCAUCGCGGAGUCGGUGGAUGAGCCCACGGAGUCGUCCUCACCGACAGAGCUGCACACGAGAACGCGAUCCGUCCUACCGACAGAGGUGAAAACGGUAUGCAUUCCUCGCGUGCCAUCUGGGCAAGAUUUAAGCGUCGACAGUUCGCCCACGGAGAAGGUUGCUCGCGCUCAAAACGCAUUCAGUAAACUCCGAAGGUUGAGCGUGAAGAUAAAGAGCCAGAGGAGCGAAAAGGGCUCACCGUCGACGCCUUCUUCGCCAACGCAAGCGAUGAAUCACAGUUCGUUCGGUUUGGAUGACAACACGCAGCGCGUUUUUCGAACACCAGUCACCGUGGCGACCAUGCAAAACGACGGCUUCUAUGACAUGUGCUUCAACCACGAAGUCCCCUACGAGAUCGGUCUCGCCAGCGUUCGUCAAGGUUUAUCCGUGGUUAACCUUCGCAAAUUAAAUGAAAGCAAGGCUGAAUCCGAGAGCGACGCUUGGGCGGUACUCCUCCGGGCGCAACCGCCGAUUUCUGGUUUCAAGUCGUCGAUGAAUUCUUGGUUGCAUCACGACGAAACACCGUCGACGCCGACUUCGCCGCGCCACGGUAACGUUCGCGAGCACGACUGGGCCACGCAUGCUGGAUUGGAUAUGACAUCGCUGACGGGAAUAAUCCCCCAUGCACAGAGCGAGCCCGUGGGGAGAAACCGGUCAGCAAUCAAGCGAGAGCCGGCGAACGACGUCGUCGCCCGAAGCGUCGCGUCGCACCCGUCCAGAAGUUUCUUCGCCGUUGGUACGUCCUACGGAGGCGUUCAACUCUGGGACUUUCACGGUAAAAACGCGGAUCACGCUGCGGCGGUCCUGUCGCUCGGUGGGAAGAAAUCCACCUCGGGUACGGGGGCGAGCACCCGCGCCGUGGCUUGGUCGCCUUAUGGCGCGCGACUUGCAGCGUGUACUUCGGAUGGAAACGUCACCUUGUGGCUCGGCGACGCCCCAGACGUUGAGCCGGCGGCAAGUAAGAAUUGUGGAUUCAAAGGAUGCAAGAGUGAAGACGUCUUGUUCCUGUCUACCAAUCUUCUGGCGACAGCGAGCUCCACGGGAAGCGUGUCCUCUGUCCUUCCCGAGUCCGUCGUGCUCUGGGACGCGCUGCAGCCCGCGCACGCAUCUCCAGGGAUCAUCCGCGCUCACGCCGGUGGUUGCACAGCAUUGUCGCAGUUCCCGUCCCUCACCGCGCCUCACGGCGUUCCUUGGCCCUUUCUCAUCACGGGCGGUUCCGGCGGCGACGUUGCCGCGCACGAUUUGCGCAUGCUCGGCGGCGACGACGAUUCCACCAUCCUCUGGCGCUCUCGCCUCCCCCAAUCCGGAUCCAUCGCCGCCAUCGCCGCCAUUCAUCACGAGACCACCCCUCUCAUCAUCACCGGCGACCAAUUCGGCGACGUACACGCCUACUCCGCCCUGGACGGCGACCGCGUUGCCGCCAUCGCCCAAGCGCACCCGCGACAAAAAUUCCUCACCCCGCGCGGCGGCGGCGCCGUCGCCUCCGUCGGCGUCGCCGCCUGCGUCCCCAUUCACAACGGCGUGUUAACCGCCGGCGGUGACGGUACCGUGCGUUGUUUCCGUCUCGACGAGUCAUUUAGAAGGUUGUAA